UCCAUACUCAAUUAAGAAGUUGCGUGUUCAAGUCUUCUAUCUUUGAUAAAAAAAAAAAAUUAAAAGCGCUAGCCUGCUACUACGAAACUGUGGAAAAUCAAAAACAAAAGACAAGCAUGGAGACGAUAGAAGAAUAGAGAGUAAGAGCAUGUAACACAAAAUCUGAAUGAAUCGUACACACUUAUUUCAAUCACUGUUCAAUCUAAGAUUCAUAUUCGCCGGCGCCACCAUCGGAUACUGGAGGAGACCCUUCUCAGAUAUUGCAAGUACUACCACUUCAUACAAGCAUGAGCUCAUUCACCGCCUCAACACACAAACCUUGCAGGAGGCACGUGGCUUCUUCGACCAAAUCCCUUCCCCUCACGUGACCCUUGCCACCAUCAUGAUUUCUGCCUACGCCUGCCACCACAUGCUCCCUGAAGCGCUCGACCUCUUCCGCAAGAUACCCUCUAAGGAUGUGGUUUCCUGGAACUCCAUCAUAAAGUGUUGUAUAUAUUGCGGCAAUUUCGCCACUGCAUGGAAACUGUUCGACGAAAUGCCACACCGAAAUGUCGUGACUUGGACCACCCUUGUUGAUGGGUUGUUGCGUUUGGGAAGAGUUGAGGAUGCUGAGAGGUUGUUUUGGGCCAUGCCAAAUAGAGACGUGGCUGCCUGGAACGCUAUGGUUCAUGGAUAUUGCAGUAAUGGCAGGGUGGAAGAUGCCAUGCGCUUGUUUUGUAGAAUGCCCUUGAAAGAUGUGAUUUCUUGGACUUCAAUGAUUGGUGGACUUGACCAGAAUGGGAAGAGUGACGAGGCUUUGGUUCUCUUUGAGAAGAUGGUGUGUUCUGGUGUUAAGCCUUCGGCUAAUACCCUGGUUUGUGGGUUGGCAGCUGCUGCUAAAGCGUGGGCUUUUCACGCUGGUGUUCAGAUUCAUAGUUGUGUGUUGAAGUUGGGUUAUUGUUGUUUUGAUGAAUUUGUAACAGCUUCACUUGUCACGUUUUAUGCAAGUUGCAAGCAAAUGGAGGCUGCAUGUAAUGUUUUUGAUGAGGUUGUUCAGAGGAAUGUGGUAGUUUGGACUGCUCUUGUGACAGGGUAUGGUUUGAAUGAUAGGCAUCAAGAGGCAUUAGAGGUCUUUGGGAAAAUGAUGAAAAUGAAUGUGGUUCCAAAUGAAUCUUCUUUCACAAGUGCUUUGAAUUCAUGUUGUGGGUUGGAGGAUGUUCAUGCAGCAGCAACUAAGAUGGGUUUGGAAAGUAGUGUGUACGUGGGAGGUUCUCUUGUUGUCAUGUAUAGUAAAUGUGGCUAUAUUGGUGAUGCAAUUUUUGUUUUUAAAAGGAUUAGUGAGAAAAGUAUUGUAUCGUGGAACUCUAUUAUUGUCGGUUGUGCAGAGCAUGGAUGUGGCAUGUGGGCUCUUACACUCUUUAGACAAAUGCUGCGUGAGAUUGAUCCGGAUGAAAUCACCUUAACUGGUUUGCUCUCUGCAUGUAGCCGAUCUGGGAUGUUUCAAAAGGCGGAGUGUCUCUUCAGAUACUUUGGCCAGAAAAGAUCAAUUACACUGACAGUUGAGCACUAUGCAUGUAUGGUGGAUGUACUUGGCAGGUGCGGAGAGCUGGAUGAAGCAGAAGCACUGGUGACAAGCAUGCCUGUGAAAGCAAAUUCAAUGGUUUGGCUGAUCUUACUGAGUGCAUGCAGGAUGCAUUCUAAUUUACAUGUAGCUGAAAGAGCGGCAAGAAAGAUAUUUGAAAUGGAGCCCAAUUGCAGUGAUGCAUAUGUGUUGCUUUCUAACAUGUAUGCAGCUUCAAACCGAUGGGAUGAAGUAGAUGAGAUAAGGAGAACAAUGAAAGAUAACAGAGUUGUGAAACAACCCGGAUCCAGUUGGCUAACCUUAAACGGACUGAGGCAUGAAUUUCUUUCUGCAGAUACGUCGCGUCCUCUCACUGAGAAAAGCUGUACUGAUUAGGAGUCAAGUUAAAGGAAUUAGGUUAUGUUCCUGAUCAACAAUUUGCUUUGCAUGAUGUUGAAGUUGAGCAAAAGGAACAAAUACUGUCUUACCAUAGUGAACGGCUUGCAAUUGCAUUUCGGUUGCUUAGCACCGUCGAAGGCAGUACAAUAACCGCGAUGAAAAAUAUGCGAGUGUGUGGUUCUUGUCAUAAUGCAAUAAAGCUUAUGCGAAGAUCGUAGAUCAUAGUAAGAGAUACAAGCCGCCUUGUUACUUUAAAAAUGGCUUGCGCUCUUGUGGGGAUGUUGGUAGAACAUAAGAUGAUAAGAUUACUCCUUUAGUCCUUUUAGACGCAACUGUAAGAGGAUAUUUGUGCAUAAUCCAAUUGGUUUUACCUCUUGGGGGCAUUUUCCAAACAAAAGACCAACGCUUUCUUGAUCCUAA